AUGACAAAUGCGAUUAAAAGUAUGAUGGACAUGUGGUUGAGGGAGAGGCAGGACAACAGUUCCUCAAGUGGAAAAUCAAAUGAUUCGCCUAGGAAAUCAGAUUCGAAAACUGGUGCCCAAUUAUACCGUCAAUUCUCACUCGCUGACAUUCGUGAAGCCACAAAAGAUUUCAGUAAGAGCCUUUUGGUACGUAAUUCGGACAAGGUGUAUAAAGGUAGUGUCAAUAUUGAUGGUAAAGCCCUUGUGGCUGCGAUCAUAAGGUUUAAGAAACUUGAAGGUGUUGGGGAUGAGAUUCAUCGAAAGAGACUGCUCCUCCACCCAAACAUACUUUCUCCGAUAGGGUUUUGCACUGAGGGAGACGAGCUGAUCGUCGUUUACGAUUACAUGGCCAAUGGGUCCUUGCAAGAUUCUUUGCAUCAUAAAGAUAGCCCACUUCCUGGGAAAUGCGACUUCAAAUUUGCAUUGGAGCUGCGUAAGGACUAG